AUGCGGGUCUACUACUUCGCCCUCGCCCUUUGUGCCGCUCUUGCUGGUGCGACCAUUACUGCGUCGGAACCGGCCGACUCGGCCAUUCCCCUGGGCAGCGUUCACGACGCCGCUAAGCAUCAAGACGGCGUCCAUCUCGAACGGUUGCUGGUGGCAGCUGAAGCUACGGAUCACGAAGCCAGGUCGUCCAUGGGUGAGUGGUUGGUGACGGUAGUCGAAUCGAUGGCGACGAAAGUUAAGGCGUGGGCCGGACUCUUCGCGCAACAUGCAUCGAUGGAGCAAUUGGUUUCAGUGGUCAAGGCGGGGACCGAACGCCUGACGCGAUAUGUGAAAUUCAAGCUACUGCAGCAUGAAUUCAAAUCGUUGUAUGAAGAAAUUGAAAAAGGAGCAGGGGUUGGGGUGUUACGCCAAUAUCGUGCCGAACGGCUUGUCAAUAGGUUGACAGUAGAGGAAGUGGAUGUCUUGGCUGAGUUGUACAUGUACAGAGGCGACGGAGAAACACCCGACGCAGCGUUGGCCAAUGCCCUAGCGGGCACCUAUGGUGAUAAGGCGAUGGUUUAUGCGCUUUUACAUGGAUCUCGUAAUCGUCCAUCUAUCGCAGGAACAGCCGUUGGGAAAGUGCAAAGCGCAAUGAUUGGGCGUUGGAAAGCGGAUGACUACGAUCUGAAAAUGAUGAUCAGAUGGAUUUCCGAAGUCUUUAUUAGGUUUCCAGACCAUGACUUCUUUCAUCCUGCAGUCCUAGAACUCUUGAACGCAGUUUGUCCUGCCAGCUCCCCCGACAAUGUGUACAAAGCUCUGUUUGAUCAUUUUGGAAACAGCGUGCGCCGACUUGCAGGUGCUUUAAGCGCCGCGGCCAACAGCGACUACCAUGAUCAUGAAGCUGUCAGGAAGUGUGCUGAUUGGCUGAUGUCUGUGCAGUACCUAUAUUUAAACUGGGGUGACUAUGCUUUAGUCUGGAUAGGGAACCAUCGUGUGUGGCUCACUAGCUUCGAAGGUAGACCAGGGUCAGCCACGUUUCUUCAUCAGAAUUUGUUUGCAGCUUAA